CCUGUCCCUCUUCAGCUUCAUCUUCCUCAUCUUCACCAUGGCCUUCGUCUGGAUCGUGUCCUGCCUCGCCUUCGUCAGCGCCGCCUACGGUUGCGGCGUGCCGGCGAUCCCCCCCCAGGUGACCGGCUACGCCCGCAUCGUUAACGGUGAGGAGGCGGUGCCUCACUCCUGGCCCUGGCAGGUGUCCCUGCAGCAAUCCAAUGGCUUCCACUUCUGCGGCGGAUCUCUGAUCAACGAGAACUGGGUGGUGACGGCGGCUCACUGCAACGUCAUGACAUACCACCGGGUGAUCGCUGGGGAACACAACAAGGGACCCGGGUCCAACGAGGACGUCCAGGUCCUGAAGCCCGCCAAGGUGUUCACCCACCCGUGGAACCCCCGCACCAUCAACAACGACAUCUCCCUCAUCAAGCUGGCAACCCCCGCCCGCCUCGGCACCAACGUUUCCCCCGUCUGCAUCGCCGCAUCUGCUGAUAACUUCCCCGCCGGCAUGACCUGCAUCACCUCUGGCUGGGGUCUGACCCGCUACAAUGCUCCCAGUACUCCCAACCUCCUGCAGCAGGCCGCCCUGCCGCUGCUGUCCAACGAGCAGUGCCGGGGACACUGGGGCAGCCAAAUCUCCAGCGUGAUGAUCUGCGCCGGAGGAGCCGGAGCCACUUCCUGCAUGGGCGACUCUGGCGGCCCCCUGGUCUGUCAGAAGGACAACGCCUGGACUCUGGUGGGUAUCGUGUCCUGGGGAAGCAGCAGGUGCUCCACCUCCACCCCCGCCGUCUACGCCCGCGUCACCGAGCUCCGCAGCUGGGUCGACCAGAUCCUCGCCGCCAACUAAGCGCUCAAUGAGGCACAAUAAAGCUGGGAAAUUAAUAAGAAAACUGGCUUUGGUUCUCAUUUUAAAU